AAACAGGUAAGUAAAAUCGUAAAACUUUAGGCCCCGUUUAGUAUUGUUGCUUGUUUUUGUUUUCUAUUGUGUUUUUAAGAAUUGGAGAAAUCAAGGAGAAAAAACAUGUUUAGUUGGGUUUCUAUUUCUGUUGCGAAUCAGAUUCACACAACCAGGCCCAAAUUGAAGAAACAACAAUUUAUUGCUUUGGAUAUGAUUUCUAAACAUGUUUCAGGCGAGAUUCCUACUGGUUGGGACUCUAAUUUCAUUAAACCAGCCCUAAGUUCGAGUCUCAUCUUAAACAAAUAUAUAUUGCCAUAUAUAUAUGGCAAAGGCUAGCGUACGUCAGCGUACGCUGUACGCCUGUGUUCACACUUGAUUUUUGCACUUUAAUAUAUUUCGCUGAAUCAGAACCAUCGAUUAUUAUUUUUUAGAUUAAAUGAAUCUCGUGGCUUGGGUUAGAGAAUUAGGGACUGGGGUUUAUCCAUUAGAGGUUAGGGUAUAGUAUCAUGCCCCAAAUUUCGGUUAAUUCUUGCUCUAAAUAGUAAAACUCGACGGGCGUACAAUGUACGACUGACGUACGCUAGCCUGAACCAUAUAUAUAUAUAUAUAUAUAUAUAUAUAUAUAUAUCCCCAACCCCACCCCAAACCAUAAAUCGGCCAACCAUCUCCUCAUUAUAGCCAAGUCGUCGCCCAGGUAUUCCCUCCCUCUCAACUUCUUCCUCUCGAGAGGAAGGUCGAUGACCGCUCCCUUCUUGUCGCCCAGCCUCGCACUGCCACUCCCUGCCACCGACCCUCUCCCUCAACGACCACUUCUUCCUCUCCACUCGCCCCUCCCCUGUCAGCGGCCUCUUCCAAUCCUCCGUCUCCCUCUAUGCUCGUCGCCUUCUUGUUUACCUCCUGAGUCUUCCAAGCUAGAGGACCAGCAAAAGUCAGGAGCUUCCCAAUGAUAUGCUCAUUCCUCGGCGCUAUCAAUGUCAAUCGAGCUAUGUCCUAUCAACAUCCAAACGUCAGGAGCUUCCCAAUGAUCUGCUCAUUCCUCAGCGCUAGGGGUGAUAAAACGGUUGGCGGUUUUUGGUUGACCGCCUAACCAAACCGAAAAUUACGGUUAGUCGGCUAACCGAUAACCGCUAUUUGUAUUCGGUUGGCGGUUUCGGUUGGAGGAAAUCCUCUUAUUCGGAAAUAGAUCGGUUGUCGGCUAUAACCGAAACCGCUGGCGAUGCACCGCCUAACCGCGCUGUCACCAAAAUGUAAGUCGUCUCCUCCCCACUACAGCACUCCCCCUACCCAUCUCUCUCCCUUGCUCUCCUUCCCCUCCACCAUUCUCAACCUCUAAAUGGAGAUAAAAUUACAAUUGUCCCUGAUUCACUCUCUCUCCCUGCAAAUCAAUCGUUCCCCCUUCCUCUCUCUCUCUCUCUCUCUCUCUCUCUCUCUCUCUCUCAAAUAGCAGAUCUAGAGAUCCGCUCUCUUCCUCUUCCUUCAAAUCAAUCCUUCCUCCCAUCAUCAUCUCUUCCUACGAUUGGGCAUCAAAGACAAAGCUAGAGGAGAGAACGUGUGUUGGGCAGCAUGCAGCUUUCCCGAUCUAAUUCAACCGCCGCCCUCCACAUCUAAGUCAACCGGCCUCCGAAUCUGGGAACGAGAAAGCCUCCUCGUCGUCGCCGCCCUCAGUUACCUCCUCAAAUCCCCUCGUCGGCGUCGAUUGCCAACUCACUGUCCUCCAGCAGAGUGAGAAAUCCGGCCAAAUCCAGGACCUGCUCCGUGCAAGUUCAGCGCUGGUAGCCGUGCAUGUUACUUCCCCUGAAGUUUAUGUUGAUUUUUUUUUGUUGAUUUGGAGUGGGUAGAGGAGGCCAUAGAGGCAGAGAGGUGGAGAUUGGGAUUUGAGAAUGGAGAGGAGAGACGUAGAGAGAGAUCUGGUUUUUUUGGAGAGAGGGAAGGGUAGUAGAGAUGGGAAAGAAGGAUCGAGAAUGUGGGCUGGGGAAUGGGGACGAGCAAAUUCUUUUUAUUUUUUCUCGUUUAUUUCGGUUAAAGGUUAACCGACUCACCGAACCGAUGGUUACGGUUGGCGGUUUCGGCUAACCGAUUGCUUAAUCGGUGGCGGUUUCGGUUGCCUAUUUCAGCCACUUAUUGGUGGCGGUUAAUCGACAAAUCGGUUCGGUUAAACCGAAACCGCACCGAUUAUCAGGCCUACUCAGCGCUAUGAAUGUCGUCCAUCUUACUUGUAUGAACCCACACAAUUGUAUGGUGAUGUGAGGCAAUCCAGAGUCCUUGAGGAACUUCUUUGUGCAAUACUUGAUCUCCAAGAAUGGAACCUCAGGCUCGGGAUGCUUGUCACAAUUGUGGAUUGAAUAGAACACGUAUUUCUGCACUCCCAUUGCCCUCGCACAUUGUAUAAGCACAACUUUACCUUCCCAAUCCACCUAAACACUAGAACACUCAUGGAUUAGUGUUUUCGUUCACACCAAAGGGUCCAAUUCCCCAAUUUCCAUCAAUUAAUAAUAAGAUAUGGACUAUUUCAUGAAUAUGAAAAUUAUGAACAUGAAGAAGGUUCGACUUUUGGGGUUGAGCUAUCACUCACUGAGUUCAACGUCAGCUAUACAACAGCACGUCAGCUAUGUAGUAACUAAACGCGUUUUUGUUUCUUGUUGUCAGCUUUCAUGAUUUUUCAGAUUUAUCAACUAAACAAGUUUGUGUUUUCUAUUUUUUUUUCCUGUUGUGGUUGCACAUUUGUUUACACAGCACCACUGCAACCACAACAGCAACAAAAUGAUACUAAACGGGCCCUUAAAAU